UUUCCGGCUACCAGCCGCGAUCGAGGAUAAUAAACGCUUCAGCGAUUUGUGAAGUGCUUCGAGAUACGUUUAUCUUCAAGCGACGGCGUUAUAUAACGCCUGGAAGGGGUAGUCAAAGGGCGGGGCGGCUGAACUGCACGCUGUCAAAGCAGUGGAUGUUGAAAAUAUAACGAGUCGACUGCAAAGAGAUGAACAUCGCCGCUCGCUUUGUUAAUUCGCAUCAGUGUCGCCUACCGGUGCCGUUAAAUUUUAAUAGGCGAGCAGACUUCAAGCACGUCAGAUUUGCCAGCCGUCUCCACAGAUACCUGUCUAACAACGACGUCGAAGGUUGCUGGGAUGUGCUCCAUGACCCGCCGAAGGAAUUUAACUUUUCGAGGGACAUUAUCGACUUCUGGGCGGCCGAGAAGCAGAAAAAGAGCCGGGGUGACAUGCCAGGCUUCUGGUUUGCCAAGGAAAGUGGCAACGAGCCGGAUAUCAAGUACACUUUUUCAGACCUCAGCCGUCUAUCCCAGAGGGUGGCUGGCUUCCUCAAGCACGACCUCGGCCUCGACAAGAACAGCCGGCUUUUGGUGAUCCUGCCGAAGACGCCAGAGUUCUGGCUGGUUCUUUUGGGAGCCAUCAGAUGUGGCAUAACCCUCACUACAUGCACUACCAUGCUCACCGCAAAAGACAUCAAGUUCCGGCUUGGCAAGUUCCAACCUGACUGCAUCAUAGCCGGAUCGAACGAGAUGGCUGCAGUCGAUGAGGUGGUUGGAAGCUUUGAUUGCGUGCAGCACAAGGUGGCCGUCUCGAAAGAAGGAGUAAGGAGCGACUGGAAGCUGUUCGACUCAUUGCUUCGGAACUCUCGCGAGCACGAGGGCAACGCGACGUACGCAGAGGAUCCAGCCAUAGUCUUCUUCACGAGCGGCACGACCGGUCCCCCCAAGAUGGUGGAGCACGAUCAGGGCUACUUCCUUGCCCACUUGUCAACGGCAUGCCACGUGCACAGUCCCGAGCAGCACGACGUCGUGUGGUGCAUCGCCGACCCUGGCUGGGCAAAAGUGGCAUGGGGCACAUUCCCCACCUGGCUCAUGGGGGCCUGUUUCUUCCAGACCCAGAUGCCCAAGUUCCUGUCCACGGCAACACUGGCUGUUCUGCGGGACUACCCAGUCAGCAAGCUGUGUGCACCUCCAACCGUGUACCGUGCCUUACUCCAGCAGGACCCCUCCCUGUUCCAGUUUAAAAGCCUCGUUGACUGCAUAUCCGCCGGAGAGCCCAUGAACCCUGAGGUGAUGCUGAAAUGGCAAAAUCUAACGGGAGUUGAGAUCCGAGAAGUGUAUGGCCAGACUGAAACGGUGGUGUUGUGUGCAUCACCCAAGCAUCAUCCAAUCAAACCCGGCUCUAUGGGAAUUCCACCAAGGAACAUAUUGCUACAGAUUCACGACGAGAAAGGAAGGGAGGUGGCUGUCGGUGAGACGGGCCUUAUCGCUGUAGACAUCAGCAGUAAGCGACCGUUUGGGCUCUUUGCUGGCUACAGGGAUGACCCAGAAAGGACGGCCAACGUGUUUCGAAACGGUUUCUAUUACACGGGCGACCGUGCUUCCAUGGACGUGGACGGGUACUUCUGGUUUUACUCCCGUGCGGAUGACGUCAUCAUCUCGGCAGGAUAUCGUAUAGGACCCUUUGAAGUCGAGAGCAUACUCAUAGAGCACCCAGCAGUCGUGGAGUGUGCCGUAGUCGCAAGCCCCGACCUUGACCGUGGGGAAGUAGUGAAGGCCUUCAUUGUACUACAUCCAGACUACAAGUCUCAGGACUUCAAGUGUCUGGCCGAAGAACUGCAACAGUACGUCAAGAAGCACACCGCGCCGUACAAGUACCCUCGCAAGGUGGAGUUUGUGGACCAACUUCCCAAGACAAUCAGUGGCAAGAUUCUGCGCCACCUGCUUCGCGAGAAAGAAAAGUUGGUUGCUGAACAGCGCCAAUAAGAUGGCUAUUAUCAGGCAAGGGGCCCACACCUCACCAGGUCUCUCUGCAAGUUUGGGUUACAUGUUAGACAUUUUUAAGGUGCUAUCUUGUGUGUUUUUUACUGAAGUAAUCUUUCGUAUCAAUUCGUUAUUGAAGGAGUUGCGGUCCACUCCUUGCUAGCUGCAUUUGCAAGUUUCGGUUACGCUUUGGAAGUUCUAAAAUGCUAUCUAGGGAGCACUUUACCAAAAUAAUCUUUCAUAUAGAUUCAUUAUUGAAGGAGUAGCAUAAACAAAACUGUUCGGUUUACAAUCCACUGGGACAAGAGAAUCAUUGCCAACAAAAACGUUCUCCCCCCUUGCCUUGGCAAAUGUCCGGAAGUGGUUUACACUUCAUCAUCAUCAUCAGCCUGACUAUGUACACUGCAGGAGAAAGGCCUCUCCCAUGUUCCGCCAGUUAACUCGGUCCUGUGCUUGCGGCUGCCAAUUUA